AUGGCGACUCCUCCUCCUCCGGUGAAUCUCUGGACGGUCUUAUCGGAAUCGAAACGUAUAAUCAACGCUCACUCACGCCACUUCCUCGCUCUCUCCGUCCUCUUUCUUCUUCCCAACUCCUUCUGCAUCGCACUCUACCCCUCCGUCUCCCGCCUCAUCACUCCUUCUGAUAACCAACCGCCACGCGCUGAUCCCGAUUACAAGACGACUGUUCUGCUUCUGACUGCUUACGUCGUUAUCAUCACCGUCUUCAAUCUCUUAGCUAUUGGAUCAAUCGUUUAUAGCGUCUUUCAAGGAUUCUAUGGAAGACCUGUGAAAUUUAUCUCAGCUAUGAAAUCGAGCUUCGCUUCGUUUUUCCCUCUACUCGCUACUCUAAUCACUACGAAUUCAAUCGUUUUAGGGAUUUUUCUGGUUCUAGGGUUUUAUGGAUUCUUGUUGAAGACGCUAAUCGAGAUCAUAAUCCCAGGUUUAGAAAUCAGCUUCCUAGCUUUCUUAGUGAUUGUAAUGAUCAUCUCGAGUAUAAUCGUGAUCAAGUUCCAGCUCGAUUGGUAUCUCUCUUGGAUCAUCGUUGUUGUUGAAUCAGUCUGGGGUUUAACACCAUUGAAGAGAAGCAAAAGCUUGACCAAAGGAAUGAAAAUUGCUUCGUUGUCUAUAAUCUUCUUCUUCGCUAUAGCACAAUUGCCUCUCUGGUGGAUUAACAAUGCAGCCGCUUCUAUUCCGAUCGAAAAUGGGAGAUUUUGGACAAUCGUUUACUUCGUGUUUCAGAUCGUGAUCGCGUCUGCGUUUCUAAUGUUUUCGAUGCUGUAUCAUCUUGCAGCAACCACCGUGAUGUAUGUGUAUUGUAAAGUUCAUCACGGCGAGGUUGAUUCUGAAAGAAAUUACGUGAGCUUGCCUUUUGAUGAUGAUGGUAAAGUUCAGCACUUGGUUUCUGUAGCUCACAACAACGUCUGA